GAAAAACUUCAGCAAGCCGAGGCUCUCCUGAGGAGAGCAGAGACUGAACUCAAAGACAGAGACACCAGGGCCAGGGCCUGCGAAGGCCACCUGCAAAGUUCCCGGGCUGAAGUCAGUGCCCUGGCCCAACAAAGAGACUAUUUAAAAAAUGAACUUGAUAUGGUUCACCGAGAGCUUAAAUAUGCAUAUAGACUGCAAAGUGACUCUGAAAGGGAAAUGCACACCACAGAAUUUCCCCUAACCAGCAGAUUGAUACCUCCUAGCCAAGGGUUUCCAGUUCGAAAGGGGGGUGAGAGCCCACUGCUCAAGACAUCACCUGCCAGCAUCCCUGAACCCCCAGCAGCAGCAAGGGGGUGGGAGCCUUUUCAAAGGCUGUCUUCCAGUCACGGCGUGUCACCUAAAGAAUUGGAUAAGCUGGCUAGAAACAUUCCCACUUUCACUCCAAACCCUGCAGGAGGCCACGAUGUGCACGCCUACUUAAAAACAUUGGACUUUCACUUGCAAACUGUUGCCAAUGUUACCACAAGAGACAGACUCUAUCUGCUCCGAAUCACCGCCAGCCGUGAGGUGAGGAGCUUUCUAGACAGGCAGCCAGAAACGGUCGAAGGGGAUUACCAGCAAAUGCAGCAGGCUCUGAUUAAGGAGUUCUCUGACCCAGAGUCAGAGCAAGGACUGAUUACUGCCAUGGACCUUAAACAGGGCAGACAGGAAACCACACAGGCUUACUACAACAGACUCAGACAGGCCUACUUCAGAGCACGGAACGAGCCAGGAAUGGAACAGGAUUUCAACUUCAAAAUUCUGUUCCUCCGGAACCUGCACCCAACAGUGAGCCACCACUUGGGGGUUCUGGCUUGCCCACAGACUAUGUCCACCCAACAGCUGCGAGAUUUGGCCCAUAAGGCCUAUGUUAAACAAAAGACUGCUUCUGAAAAGACAGGAAAAAACCCCACAAUCUAUCCUGUCACUAAUCAGAGUUCUGAACUUGCUCUAGAGGGCGCCGAGCCAAGCCACACUGACAAACCUGUCAACACAAUGUCAAGGUCCUUCCCAACCAGCAGAGAGCAGCAUGGCCAUGGUGGUGCCCAUCCUAAGCACCAGUAUGAGUGCCCCAAGAGAUCCUGGGACAGGUCACAACUACCCCUCAACCGAAGGGGUGGAGCCACAUGGAAAGCCAAGAGACGGCCCGAGGGGAACCGACACUCACAGACACAAGCACCGAGCUCGGACUGCCAGCAUCAGAACCCCUCUCAACAGGCCCUGGACAAGCCCAAAUAUAAACCAUCCACAGAACAGAACCAGAAAGCUACAUCUGAAUCAGCAGAGAUCAUGAGACUUUUAAAGGAACUCCUCCAAGAAAAGCACCAUAAGGGAGAGAAAAGGGAUGAGUCAGAUCAGUUAUGACUAAGCAUUAACUCUUACCCCAACGCCCACUCAGAGUCCCCUCAAAAUGAACUUCCCAACCAGAUCACUGCUAAUCCACUGUUAACCACAGAACCAGAUAUCCCAUCACCAAGUGGUGACAUCACUCAACCACCUCAGCUGACUGCGGAACCACCAGAACCAGCCAACAUCCCGCAACACACCUCCAGCCAGGACCGCAAAGUACCAGAAAGCGCGGUUUUGGUGGUCUGCCUCCCUGACGAGCCACACAAGACCAGCUCUGACGGCUUGCCAGUCACCACACAAGCCCCAGUGCCGAGACUCCUAGGGAACCUAAUCGAAAGGGGGGGUGGCCAAAAAACUCUGGCCAUCACAUUAGAAAAUGGGGUGAGACUGGAGGCCCUGGUGGACACUGGAGCUGACAUCACUUUGAUGUCAAGCCAACUUUUUGACAGACUUCAAAGUGAAGCCAAGAGACAGAAUCGAAUUCUUAACUAUCAGAGGUGUGUGCUGAAUGUGCAAUCCUA